AUGACAUUCUAUGAAAUUUAUUCGCAUCCUGUACGUCGCCAUUAUAAAGCGUAUAUUCUCUCUUUAAGCACAUUCGUGCUAAUCGUUGUUGCAGUUCUUACAUUUCUUAGUCCGUUUCUUGUGGCUUAUUUCACUGGGGAAUUCUGGUGGAAAGAAUUGAAUUAUAGUGAACAACCUCGAAUAACAUAUACGAAUAAGUAUAUUCUACUACUUCAAAGUAAUAGCGGUGUUGGCAGUUUUUCGUCAUCCUAUACCGCGCUCAAUACGGCAUUUCAAUCUGUUUUUUCAAAUGGUUAUGAAAUAUAUUCAGUAGAAGACACCGACAAUGAUGGAAUUAUCGAUCAGUGGAAAAUUGUGCUUAGUGUUUCUCUAGCUGAUUCCUCUACUUCAGUAUCGAGUUUAAAUGCGUGGAUAUUUUUUAAUUAUUCACUACAUGGUCGACAAUCAAUUGCAAUGGAAACAUUAGCAUUGGUUAGUCUUACUUCGCCAUCAAGCACAAAUACGAAUAAUGUAACUGUUUAUGGACAAUUGGUUUUUGAACAACGACAGCCAAUACAAAGUAAUGGUAAUGAUUUAACCUUGAAUACACCAAUUGUAACAUUUAACAACGGAGUAGUACCAGCUUUUAAUACAAUACUCGAAAAUUAUUUUACCAGAAGCUACUAUACAACAUUUAAACAGCAAUAUACAAGUUGGUCUUUAUCGUCGGAAACCGAGAGAUUCACAGUAACUGUUGUCAUCAACGUAGGACGACAAUCUAUUCGAUUUACUCCUGGCUUUUGGCAGGAAUUCAAAUGGGGAUGGAUACAGUAUCUCACCAUUCUACUACCUUUUUUAUUUGUGUUUAGCAGAAUUAAAGAGUUUGUAUUUACAAAUCAAUUAGUAAAAACAAUAUGCUCUGCCGAUAACAGACAUAAAGCUUGA